ACUUGUUCAUUGAACUAUCUAGAGCGGGAAUGCUGGCUCCUUUCCUUGCUCCUGUGCGCUUGUUUUAUCCGUUUCCGGUCGCCUAAACUGUCCGCCAGUGGCAACAGCCCAUUCGUGGCUCGGGGUCGGGUUGCUGCAGGGUUGGGGUAGGGAGGGAAAGUUCCACUGUUUUUUGGCUCUUGGAAGAGGGCGGGCUUAGUAACCGCUCUGAAGUGGAAAUUGAAACUAACAGUGAGGAUUGACAUUUGGAUUACUUCAAGAUGAGCUUCUUAUUGCCCAAGCUGACCAGCAAAAUAGAAGUAGACCAGGCAAUAAAAAGUACUGCAGAGAAAGUAUUGGUCCUCAGGUUUGGAAGAGAUGAAGACCCUGUCUGCCUGCAACUAGAUGAUAUACUUUCUAAGACCUCUUCUGACUUAAGUAAAAUGGCAACUAUAUAUCUGGUAGAUGUGGACCAAACUCCCGUUUAUACACACUAUUUUGACAUCAGUUAUAUCCCUUCUACUGUGUUUUUCUUCAAUGGGCAGCAUAUGAAAGUGGACUAUGGGUCUCCAGAUCACACCAAGUUUGUGGGAAGUUUCAAAACCAAACAAGACUUCAUAGAUUUGAUUGAAGUAAUUUACCGCGGAGCAAUGAGGGGGAAACUUAUUGUUCAAAGUCCUAUUGACCCUAAAAAUAUUCCCAAAUAUGACCUUCUCUAUCAAGACAUUUAGGAUAUUAUCUGCUGUCAAAGUUGAAGGGAAAGGUACAUCUUGAAAAAUUCCCAAGUCCAGCUGUGCUGUUUAGCUGGAAUCUUUCAGAAACAUGCUCAGUCUCCCAGCAGAGAAGUUUGACUGUAUAGGAAAUACAGGCCCCUCCGUGGAAGACCAGCUGCACUGUGAUGACCUUGGGUGCCUACAUGUCAACUCCCUGACUACCUGCCAGUCUCAGAGCAGUGAAGUCAACUGUAACCAGUUUCCCCAGUGUCGGUUCUUUUUUUUUUAGUUUAUUUUAUUAUUAUUUUUAAAUAUUUAUUGUCCUUGUUUUAUUCUUGUUGUUAUUGAUGUCGUCAUUGUUGGAUAGGACAGAGAAAUGGAGAGAGGAGGGGAAGACAGAGGGGGAGAGAAAGACAGACACCUGCAGAACAGCUUCACUGCUUGUGAAGUGACUCCCCUGCAGGUGGGCAGCUGAGGCCUCGAUCCUUACACCAAUCCUUGUACUUUGCACCACGUGUGCUUAACCCGCUGCACUACCACCCAACUCCCUCCAGUGUCAGUUCUUAUAGAUACCUGUAGUUCUCUUGAACUUUCUUCUAUUUAUAGAUCCUUUAUAACUUUUUUAAGUAUUUUUAUUUAUUUAUUAUUGGAUAAAAACAGAGAAAUUGAGGAGGAGGGGAAGAUAGAGAGGGAGAGACAGAAAUACCUGCAGCCCUGAUUCACCACUCAUGAAGCUUUCCCCCCUGCAGGUGGGGUCUAGAGGCUUGAAUCUGGGUCCUUGUGCAUUAUAAUGUGUGCUUAACCAGGUGCACCAACAUCUGCCCCCUAUCCUUUAUGUCUAACAACAUUUUUUUGCCUCUAGGGUUAUUGCUGGGUCUCAGUGCCAGUACUCCUGCUGGCCUUUUUGUUUUCCCCUGUUUUAUUGCAUAGGACAGAGAUAAACUGAGAUGGGAGGAGAGAUAGAGAGGGAAAGAGAGAUGAUUGCAGACCUGCUUUACCACUUGUGGAGCAAACCUGCUGCAGGUGGGGAACAGGAGCUUGAACCCAGGUUCUUGAGUGUUGCGCUUAGCACUGUGUGCGUACUGGGUGUGCUACUGCCUGGUCCCCAUAUAAGUAUUUUUAUUAUUAAACAAUUUUUCAGAUCACUGCUCAGCUCUGGCUCAUGGUGAUGAUGCAAAUUGAGAAACUGGAGAAUAAAUGUCUUCCAAGGGACACUGUUUUGUGCCUUUUCCUACUGCAUGCCAGGAACCACUCUAUCUUAUUUACUCUACUGCUGGGCUGUCAGGCAUUAAAAUUGUGAAGAUAUUUCCCUGAGAACAGAAAAAGACUCCCAGGAGUUAAAGUCUGAGUCACAAGAGUAUCCCUUGCUCUAACUAAUGGAGCAAGGCCUCUUUUACCUUUUGUGCUCAAAACCAGUAUGGGAAGUGAAGACAAGACAAUCAGUGCACUUAGAAGCUGGAGAAAUCUUAUGAAAGAGUGGGAAAUGAGGGUGGGGGAAGAUACCUCUGUAUCUCAUUAAAAUAAAUAAAAUAUUUAAAGAAAAAGGAAAUUGAGCUCUUUGCAACAGUGAUCCAUGAGGAGAGGUCAUACAAAAAUAUGACAAGAAGGUUUGUUGCUGAAUGGCCAUUGGACUAAAGACUUACAACAAGAAAGAGCUCAGAAGAACUUCCUUUUUGAGGGCUGGGCGGUAGCACAAUGGGUUAAGUGUACAUGAAGUGAAGUGUAAAGACCAGCAUAAGGAUCCCAGUUUGAGCCCUCAGCGCCCUAACUGCAGGGGAGUUGUUUCACAGGCGGUGAAGCAGUCUGCUGAUGUCUUUCUCUCCCCCUGUCUUCCCCUCCUCUCUCAAUUUCUUUCUGUCCUAUCCAACAACAAGGGCAAGAAAAAUGGGGAAAAUGGCCUCCAAGAUCUGUGAAUUCGUAGUACAGGCACCAAGCCCCAUCGAUAACCCCAGAGGCAAAAAAAAAAAAAAAAAGAA